AGAAUUGCAAUUUGCAUAGACCUGCAACGGGGAAAGUGCAGUAGAGCUGUCCAGGGUAAAGAUACAACGGCCGAAGCUAGUCGCUGACAUAAUCUUCAUCCGCAACUUCGCAAGGUGUCCUUCACGCGCCGUAAUAGCUUCGGAACACCAAAACCGCCAACUCGCCCAUUCCACGCCGCGCUCUCAGCCGCUCAAUCCUUCCUCUUUCCUCACACUCGAAACCAGCCAUGGCGCAAAUACGCGGCACUGCUGGCUACCACCUGGGCAAUCAGAGUCCUUUUGGCAACGCUGGGCGAAGCGACGAGACUAGCAAUGACCCGAGCCCACUGGACCAACUGAGGGCGCAGACAAGCAAGCUCGAAGAUAUGCUAGAUACUGUUGCGGAUCCUAUUAAGCCAUACCUCCCAGCAAUCGGCCGCUUCCUAAUCGUUGUUACUUUCCUCGAAGAUGCGCUGCGCAUAAUAACGCAAUGGCGUGACCAGCUCACCUAUCUUCACGACUACCGACACAUUCCAAAUGGCCUCACCCACCUAUUUCUCAUCGUAAACGUUAUCAUGAUGGUCUCUUGCUCGGUCCUAGUUAUCGGAAGGAAAUACUCGGAAUAUGCUGUGGCUGGUCUCAUGAGCGUCGUGGUCCUACAGGGUCUCGGAUACGGCUUGGUCUUUGACCUGAACUUCUUCCUGCGCAAUCUCUCCGUCAUGGGAGGUCUGCUGAUGGUGCUCUCCGAUUCCUGGGUUCGCAAGAAGUUUGCCCCAGCUGGUCUUCCCACGCUCGAUGAGAAGGACAAGAAGAUGUACUUCCAGCUUGCUGGUCGCGUUCUGCUCAUCUUCCUCUUUGUUGGGUUCGUCUUCCGUGGCGACUGGGGCUUCUGGAGAAUCGUCGCUUCCCUCCUCGGACUGGUCGCUUGCGUCAUGGUGGUCGUGGGCUUCAAGGCCAAGUUCUCCGCCAUUAUGCUCGUGCUCAUUCUCAGCGUCUUCAACCUUUACGUCAACAACUGGUGGACGCUGCACCCGCAUCACCCGCACAAGGACUUUGCGAAAUACGAUUUCUUCCAGAUCCUUUCAAUUGUCGGUGGUCUUCUCUUGCUAGUCAACAUGGGCCCGGGUCAGUUCUCCGUCGACGAGAAGAAGAAGGUCUACUAGACUAUAUCUACGUUGUGUAACACGUAUUUGACUUCAGUCUGGGCAACGAGCGUCCAUAUAUCUGCUAUCACGCAUCUAUCAAUUGGGAGCAACUUGGAGCGAUGAUUUAGGCUCACUAGGGUAUCAAACAAUAGGAACAGAAGGGGUUCAAAA